GAGCGCCGGUUUCACAGGUAACUUCUUUACCUGCUUUAGGUAAAAAUUAGUCAACGGUGAUAUCCGUGCUGAUGAUAUGUUUGUCUCUCCCUCAAAAAAUAGCAGCGAGAUGCUGAAUAACUGUUGUCGAACCGAGUUUUAAUUGUUCUGAACUCAUUGAAACGCUUUCCUGAAAUUUUCUUCAAGGAGGCGACAACUUAACCUGGUCGUGAAGGAGUUGGAGCUGCUAGGUAGUUAUCCAUAUCUUUAGCCAUCCUACAAAUUUGCUCUCCAUGACGUUGUCGCUUGUCAAGAAGCUGACGCAUUUGGAGGCGUUGGUUCCAGAUUUUCAGAAGAGUUAUCGAAGUAGUUGGCCCUAUUGCUGGCUUCAUAGCUUAGCUACUCACUGAGCGUAUGGUCGAGCACUGCAUUAUAUGGGCAAUAAAUAUCCGAUUUGUUGGUAGAGAUAACAUCAUCGUGGCGAGCGCUGCAUCUUCAAUCCAUCAUGGCAUAUGGAGUAGCCCGCGACGACUCCUCUGGCAUGGAGAACGGCACUUUUUGAUAUCGCUGCCAUCGCCUACCAUGCUCACCAUAGCUUUGAAGCUCGGCCGAAGCGUCAAGUUCAUGCUCGGUGGCAGUCUAUCUGCACAGCAGCGAUGUUUCCCUGUUGUUGUUUGGUGUUGAAAGACUGAAAACUCGUUAUUUAAAUGGCCACCCACAUGACUUUUUUUUUUUUUUUGGCUGAUUUUGAUGCCCUUCUAUGCCAUGGAGUAGUUAACAAGCCAGCAUUUCUUUGCUAUUCUCUGCUUCGUUGAGCGUUGGAAUGUUCUGUGCCGUCGGAACUGACGGUGCUUCGGCCUUCCCAUACUUUGCAGGCAGUUAUAUAUACUCACGCUUAUUCUGCAAGCCGGAUAUUUAUACGGAGUAUGGCAUGCCUGUUCCCACCAGCCUAGAUCAAGGUCCUCGCUCCGUAUCCGAUUUUUGAGCCGUAUUUGGGAUGCGAUCCCCCUCCCCCUGGUCCACCCGGCUGCCCGGUUAAGCGUCCAGCCAGAGAUACCCUAUGACAGUGUUUGAUCAGGGCGCUAAACAUCCUUGAGUGUUUCCGGGACCUUUCCCCGUAAUCUUAGCGAAGCAAGCGGUGAAGAUGUUUACUCCAGUCUGAUGGUGUACAGCGGAGGGCUGAGAUACAUACAGCCAGCUCAUGCAGCGGAAAACUGCACGCUGGCACCACUUCGGCCCUCAGGGAUCGUCAGGCCAAGAUCAUGCAUGAUCAUAUAGUACCCCGUAUCGCCUGGAGGAGGCUGUCCACUUGUAGAUAGCGUGACAGAUAGAUGGACUGCCAAUAUUGCUUCAAAUAUUUGGCCGUCCGUUGGAUCUAUCCCAUUUUCAUCCUCUUCGCAUCACCCCCCUUAUGUUCGAGGGUGACCGUCACGACGAGGACCGCCGUGUACUCGCUACUGGGGAUGCAUGCUGUCAUGCUAUUCAACUAACUUGAACGCAAAGCCUUUCGUUUCUCCUUAUUUACUCUAGUCAGGCGAAACUAGUCGGAGGUUUCUCCCGAUGUCGCUAUCAUCGAAUGCGAUCACCACCCUGGUGGACAAUGCCGAUAUCUCGAUAUCACACCGAGGUACCGUUUGGUACUGGGCUGUCACAGGCAUCUUCUCAUUCUCAGCCAUCGCUUUUCUAGUCGGCAGCUUCGUCGUCCGCAACCCACAUGUUCGACUUCAAUACUACCUCUCGGCAUUAUCGAGCUAUAUCCUCUCCAUGGCAUAUUUCGCCAUGGCCGCCAAUUUCGGAUGGGUAGCGGUCGAGGUUGAAUUCCCUCGAGUGGGCCAGUUCGUCGUCAUCGAUAAUGGAACCGAGAAUCCUACUCGACAGGUCUUCUGGAUCCGCUACGCUGGCUGGCUGCUCGCAACACCCCUCUUGAUGACGCAGUUGCUCCUGCUGAUAAACGCUCCGUUGAAACUUAUCCUUCACGAAGUCUUCAUGGUCAGCAUAGUGAUGAUGACCGGCCUUGGAGCUGCCCUGAUACCCAACGUUUACAAGUGGGCAUACUUUGUCUAUGGCUUCAUUGCAUGUGCUGCUCUCGGCUGGACGAUGCUGAAGUCCGGGUACAACCACGUACGCGCAACAACUCCCUCUUUAAAACGGGUGUAUCUCACGUUCUGCAUCGCGGUAUCGACGAUCUUCCUGUUGUAUGGCUUAGCAUGGGGCAUGAACGAAGGAGGCAACUUCAUGUCUCCUACUGGUGAGGCAGUCUUCUAUGGCAUUCUUGAUAUAUGUGGAGGACCGCUUUACUGUGUGUUUCUUCUAUGGGCGGCUCAUCGGUAUUAUCGAACGGAAAAGCUACAGCUUCCCAUCUAA